GAGCAAUGCUUGGGCCAUCAGUCCCCUCGGUAGAGAUGGGAGCCUCCUACUCACACGCUGGCUGGUGUUCCUCGAAAAAUCCUUCUUCAUAAUUGUCCUCUCUACAUCACCAAUUUGAAUUGAUCCACAUGUUUAGCUUGUUCAACUACAAGAGAGGGGUGUUGAAUUAUAAGUCUAUAGCUGAUUAGUAUUAGUGAAAUAAGAUGAGUUUAUUUGUGUAUUCACAUGAGCAUAUCUGCCAAGUGUGAGGUCAAAAGAUGUAAGGCUAAAAUAGCCAUGUGUAGUGAUCCUAAAUUAGCUAGAUGUGUGGUUGAGAUCAAGUGUGAUGUGUGUGGAUCCAGCUAAGGCAAAACGGUCAUGAAAUGCACGUGUGUGUGCUUAAUUUUCCAUUAAGAGAAAUAUAUUCCUCUCUGCAACUUCUGCAAGAGAGAAGAGAACAUUCAUUCCUUUUGCAUCCUUCAAUCCUCUCCAUCUCCAUAUCUUAUAACCCAGAAAAAUAAAAGAAAACAACAAGGGGAUCUUGUUGAUGUUGAGUUCUCAUGAGUCACCAGAUUACUUGAAAGAGCUGAUAAGGAAGACUCGAAGCUUAACUAAAAAACCAUUUGGGGUUGGUGUUGUUCUAGCAUUUCCUCAUGAGAAAAAUAUACAAGCCAUAUUGGAUGAAAAGGUUGCAGUGCUGCAGGUUUACUGGGGUGAAUGUUCGGAGGAGCUUGUGUUGAAAGCUCAUCAAUCUGGGGUUAAGAUUGUGCCUCAGGUUGGGAGCUUGGAGGAAGCGAAGAAAGCAAUACAUGCUGGUGUAGAUGCAAUUAUUGUUCAAGGGCGUGAAGCAGGAGGGCAUGUGAUCGGUCAGGAUGCUUUAAUUUCAUUGUUGCCGAAGGUAGUUGAUCUUGUUGGAGAUCGAGAUAUACCUCUCAUUGCUGCUGGUGGCAUUGUGGAUGCCCGUGGAUAUGUUGCUGCUCUGGCCCUUGGUGCUCAGGGCAUCUGCCUAGGAACUAGGUUUCUUGCAACUGAAGAAAGUCAUGCUCAUCCUGCAUACAAGAGAAAGGUGGUUGAAUAUGACGCAACUGAGUACACUGAUGUAUUCGGCCGUGCAAGGUGGCCCGAUGCACCACAUCGUGUUCUGCAUACACCUUUCUUCAAUGAUUGUAAAUAUAUUCCUGCUGAUCAAAAUGAAGCGGGUCAACCUGUCAUCGGCCGCGCAAUAAUACAUGAUAGGGAAAUAGAAAUUCGCCGUCUUGCUGGUACUGUUCCAAAUGCGACAACAAUGGGUGACAUUGAAAGCAUGGUGAUGUAUGCCGGCCAAAGUGUAGGACUCAUCAAGGAAAUUUUACCUGCAGGGGAGGUGGUAAAGAGGUUAGUUGAAGGGGCUCAGCUUCUGAUAAAAAACAAGUUCAGUGAUAUACUGUAAUCUACAGAUGCCUUAAUUUCACACUGGAAAAUUUGGAGAAUUGUGCUACAAUGGUGAACAAAGUUGAACUAGUAUUAUUUUGAAGAAAAUAAAACCUCGUCCCUGUCAGUCAUGUUUAUUGUUCAACCAUAGGAUUUGUCGAGAAAUGGGGUACGCGAAGAACUGUUUCUGUUAUAUUGCAUAAUUAAUUACAACGAUACGUUCCUUGAA